UCAGCUGAUUAAAGCAUAUGAUCCCGGAGGACAGGAAAACAUUUAACUCAUUCUGUCUGUUAUUUGAGCACGUAUAAGAAGAACUCGCAAUGCCUGGACGAGGGAAAUUAAUCGCUGUUAUAGGAGACGAAGAUACGUGUACCGGAUUCCUUCUAGGAGGGAUAGGAGAACUAAAUAAAAAUCGGAAACCAAAUUUCUUGGUGGUGGAGAAGGACACGAGCAUCACAGAGAUAGAGGAGACCUUCAAGAGUUUCCUGGCUCGCAAUGACAUUGGUAUCAUCCUCAUCAACCAGUUCAUCGCAGAAAUGAUUCGUCAUGCCAUAGAUGCCCACAUGGAGUCCAUCCCAGCAGUGCUGGAGAUUCCUUCAAAAGAACAUCCGUAUGACGCCUCCAAAGAUUCCAUCCUGCGACGCGCCAAGGGCAUGUUCUCCGCAGAGGACUUCCGAUAAGCAGCUACCGCUGUGGGGUCACGAUCUGACCUAAGCAAAGGAGGAGAAGAGAUGAGAGUUUUGUGUCAUGUUGUUUACUUCUUGUCCUCCUCCAUCUUGCUGAAGCUUAAAAUGAUAUUAAUAAGAUUAUAUAAUGUACUUGAAUCCAGUGUUGUUAAUGUGAUGUUGUGUGAUGUGCAUUCUUCCAUUCCUAUGUUUGAAGAAUGGUUUAUGUGUGAUCGUAAUGAAAAUAGUUUUUAAUUAUAUUAUACAUUUGUGCCCCACCC